AUGCUUUUUUCGAAUUCGUCCGUUUAUCUUCUCGCCCUUGUCUCCUUGGAUCGUGCUUUCGCCGUCUUGUGGCCAAUCCGUCAUCGCAUUACAAACAGUCGGGUUUACAUCUAUAGCAUCGUUAUUGCUUGGGUCGUCGGCCUUGUCUUCUUUGCUUUUAUCUUAUUAUCCUUCCAUUUGUCAGAAUUGAAGGGGGAAUAUGUUUUGGUCGCGAGUAGGAUAUCCCUUCUUAUUUCCAUGUUGAUAAUUUGGGCAAGUUACCUUAGCAUACGUACUCGAUUGCGCGCAAGAUCAUCGGCCACGGUAGACAAUCAUAAGCAGGGAUCAAGGGAGCGCAAUUUACAGCUUGCAAAAACACUUUAUAUCACAAUUGCUACAUCGCUUGUGUUUUGGAUGCCUGGUUUUGUCGUCUACUCAACGAGAGGAUUCUGUCCGACCUGCUUUUCUGCACCACAGGUUUUUUGGCUCGUGGAUGCCAUGCAUAUGGCAAAUUCUAUGGUGAACCCUCUCGCCUACAGUUUCAGAAUGCAAAUUUUCAAAGGCGCUUUAAACAAAUUCCGGAGAAAAAGACGACAGAACGUAAGAACAUUUAGGCAAAAUAGUCUGGGCUUUUGUCUGGAAGGUUCGUUCACUCAACACUUUCAACAACAAUGAUUUUACCCGCCGAAAACGGAGUUAUAACUGUCCUGUCUGUAUAUUACAAUUGAGUAAAAGCGGUGUUGACGAGGUCAUUAUUUGUAAACCUUUUGAAAGAGUUUCGCUAAAUGCGAAAAUCUCUUGGUAAAACAGAUAAUUAUACGCGAGUGAUUUUCGUGUGGUCACCUCCAACAUGGUUCAAAUAUAAUAGUUAGGUAACAUAUGAUUCGUUUAUCCCUAAUCACCUGUCGUAACCACUUGGUGGCUUAAAGGUUGCAUUUGAACAGGGGCACCCAACGAGAAUAUAGUUCAAAACCACUUAAACAUAGCAUUGUUAAACGUAUUUUAGUAUUAAAACGGUAGAUAUAGACAUAUUUUAUCCCCUAAAAAUUUUUCAUCUGUUCGGAUUUCCUAGCUGAAAGCCUAGUGAUUCGAAAAUUAUAGGGAUCAAAACUUACCUAUUUGUAAAUUUCAGCCAGAAAAAAGGCUCCCGAAAAUUGUAGGUGACCUUUUUAGGGUGAAAAUCCGUUGAAAAUGGGCAAUUAUACCAUUUUUUAGAUGUUCGAAUAUCCUAGGAGAGGCAGACAAGCAAGAAAUUUUGGAAAAAAUGUUCCGAAAAUUGUCGUUGGGUGCCCCUGUUUGAUUCACAGGCUUUCAGAUCGUGAAUCAUUUGAAGGAUUAAAGUUGAAGAAGAUACGGUUCGGACAUUCAAUUUGUUUUGUAGAAUACUCUUUUUUUGAAUAACCUCAGACGUGAUAUACCAGCUGUAUGUAGGUUUGUUUCUUUGUUUCAAGAAAAUUAAAAAAUAUUAGAUCUAAAACUUACUGGAAAGCGUAAGUAUCAACUAAACGACUUCGCAUUGAGUCUAGAACGGAAGCACAAAGCUUGAAAGCAACUUAGAGCCAGCUUCAUGACGCGAGAUAAAGAUAAUAUCCUAUGCUGUUAAAUUUUAGCGCUGUUAACUUAUUCAAGAAAUUAUUGCUAUAAGUCGGCUUGAGUCCUUAAUAAAAAGAAAUAGGUUACAUUUUUCCUAAGUUCAAAAAGUGAUCAAUUACAGAAAAAAAAAAAUUCUUCAGCACCAACAAUUUGUUGAAAGUUUAGCAGAGCUUUCAGAAAUCAUCCGGAUCCCCUUCAUCAGUGAUGACGUUUGCUGUUAUUCGCAGCCCAGUUUUGAUGAGGCUGCAAAAUUGUUCCAUUUUCUUCUACCAAACUUUCAACAAAUUGUUGGUUUUGAAGAAUAUGUUUUUCUCUAAUUCUACGUCCGAACAUCAGAAUCUUCACGCUGCCAGUAAUCAAAUUACUUCAAAAACGAUCUUUGCGAUGUUUGUGGCAUUAGAAUGAAUAUUAACGUUUUGGUUUCACUACUUACUAGUAAUAUUUCAGAUAAUAUUUAAUCCAUUUUUUCUCAGAAAAGGAUGCGAUAAAUCUUCAUUUGCAGUUAUAAACUCCCGGCCUGAUGGUACUCAUUAGCCAAACACUUCAAACAGUUAUAAACGACGGAUGAAUAAACCCAAAAUGCGUUUAUAAAAACACAGAGAUCCCCGUAAAACUUAAAAAAAAUAUUUCACAGUUUAUCAAUUUAAAAUAUACCACUUUCAAAAACGAAAUUUCUAUGAACAGGAAAAAGCUACACGGUGUUCCAUAUUUCGACAUCUUUAAUGAUGAAAAACAUAGAAAAUGACGCUAUCUUUUUCAUCAAUACAUAAAAAUAGUAAUUUCCACCUGAAAGGAAAUGAAUGGAAUAAAAUAUAAAUCAUUCCAUGGGUAGAUUUUUAAUGAGCCAAAAAAUCUUACGGCACAGAAAUCAAGUUAAUAUUUCGCGGUCGUUUUAAAGUUCUCCAGUCGUACUUUUAUUUCAUAUCUACUAUUCGUUCUUGAAUCACCCGUCUCUGUUUUAUAUACAAAUAAUAGAUAACCCUCUAUGUCCAAAGAAAGGACAGUCGAAAUAUACAGUCUUUGCUUUAGAUGCGAAUAAGACGUUGUGAAACCGGCUUAGCCCCCAGGGGCAGAUAUAAAUCGGCGUUUUAUCCUCAAUACUGCUUUUUCGUGGACAUCUCAAACGACUCAUCCAUUAGCAAUUAUUGGUGUUGCUCUCGUCUGAUAAGAAGAAUUAGGCAGAUUGAGAAGGGGGUCAUCGUAUUCGAUCUGCUGUAUUUCCGACUUCAACAAAACAUGCCUAACCCAUCUAUGUACGUAUACUAACUAUAUACAAUUUCCAUGUUUAGUUAAGGUAAAAAAAAUCACUGCAAAAACCGUUUACGAAUAAUCUUGCUCAAAGUCGGAUCCAUCUUCAUUACCUUCCUCCUCUGUAGUCUAAGAUUAUGAAGGGAUGUUCAUUCUGACAAAGAAUGAAUAACAGUACUUGAAUUGAAGCUUAUUGAGCUCUACUAAUUCGUAUGAACGGAACUUUUAUCUUAAUUAUUUUCUACAAAGAAAUUAUAUUUCCGCUUGGCAGAUCGUUUUUUCCAUUAGAAAGUGAGUUACUGGAGUGGGAGAGCUUUACAAAUCAUGCGUAUUGCAGUAAUUUGGUUUAAGUCAAAAAAGCACUAUACGCCACAAAUUAAAAGGCCAAAAUUGAUAAAUAGAAAAUAGUAAGGGAGGCAAAUCAGAAAAAAAAAUGCUGCUAAAUCUAGACUGGAAUUGAAUCCUUGUUAAACUUGAGGCAAACAAAUCAAAUGGUCAACAUGUUUUACUUUAACUAAUUUUUUGUCGUGUUAUAAAAUGAAUAUAGAACUUUUUGGAUUAGUUAUUUAAUCAACUGCUUUAGCAAAACAUAAUGCAUACUAAUAAUGCCUAAUAAGCUUUAAUAAAAAGUUGAUACCUCAGUAUUUGGCAUGGGUUUUGUAAAUAAGUAAUUUAAAAGGAGGCAGAUAAAUAGAAACAAUUUACAGGGGCACCCGAUGUCAAUUUUCGGAAAAUAUCUGUUCGGAAGUUUUAGCUCUUUAAUGCAAGGCUGGAGUAUUUUUGAAACCGGACACUGUGUCUGUCUAGAAGCCGUUUCCAUCUUUCCUCCGUUUGUCCUUGUAAAAAAACACUGCAAAAGGCAAAGAAGCUUUUCAAGGUAAGUUUGUUGUCAUUGUCGAAGGACUCGCUCGUUUAUUGUGUUUGGGAAAACCUCUCUUUCUGCCAGUUUAUUCUUGUCUUCAACUGUGAUCUGCUUUAAAAUUUUUAAACACUAUAAUAAUAAUCUGAGUAGAAUUCUCUUCCUCGGUAAGGUUACGAUUCAUUUUCUACAUCAGCUUCGUUCGCAUUAAAACAAAGCUGGGUUAAAAUUUGCAAAGGCAAAGCCAACAUCCCAGUCUUCAGGCUUUACAGACAUAUUUUAAAGAUUAUUCGGUCAAAACUAAGAGCACUGUAAGUAUUCAAUCGUUAAUGUUACGCUGGAGUCCUUUGAAAACUGGACAUUGCGUCUGGCUCGAACUCGCUUCUAUCUUUCUUUUGUUGGUCUUUGAAAAAACACUGCAAGUGGCAAAGAAGCUUGCCAAGAUGAUCGGGUGCAGGUAUGUUUGUUAUUGUAUUUGUCGAAGAAAUUACUCAUUUUCUCUUAGGCAAAACGUCUCGAAUCUCUGCCAGUCGAUUUUCGUCUUCUUAACAGUGUACUAGGAUAAAAUUUUCAAACACUGACUAGAAUCCUCUUCGAUAAGAUUAGGAGUUAGUUUCUUCAUCGCCUUCGUUCACAAAUAAACACAGUUUAAAAUGUAUAAGGCCAAAGUCAACAUCCAAGUCCUCAAGGUUGACAGGCGUCUUAUAACUUUAUUUAAACCUUUUUUUUCCCGAGGAAAAGAGAUUUAGAGCUUUGAAAUAAGCAUUUUCUUUAAAAAUUUUGGUCCGUGUAGCAAGUUAAGGACCGCAAAUUGACCAAUCGCAUAGCGAAAACAGACUCAGCCAUGUAAUAAAAUGUUUUACUGAUAACAAAUGACAAGUGCAAUAUUAGGCAGAUCACAUUUUAGUAAAAUUGAAUAGAAAGGAAUAUUUGUAUUUACCUUGACGUUUGGUCUGGAAUCGGUUACAGUUUUCGAGGGGGCUACGGGAGUGUAUGAACGAAGAUAUACUAAACAACAACAACAACAACAACGUAUUUAUUUCAAGAAAUAUAAAGUUUACAAUUUUAUGUCCUGCAAAUAGCUAUAAUGCUACUCUAGGCAGGACAAGACUUUAAAUGAAGACGUUAUUAAAUUACAUAAGAAAAAAGAACAGAAAAGAAAUACAAAAACAUACAGAUAGAAACACCUUACAUAUUAAUUAAAGUACAGGGAAUUUUGUUAUUUGAAAAGGACUAAAAUUACAAGUGGAGGUAUAUACAACAUAUCAGGUUAACUUCACAAAAUAUUCUAUUAAAUAAUUCACAUUCAAAUAAUUAUCUUUAUUACCUAAAACAUUAAGGAGUAGUGAUUUAAUUUUUUUACGAAAAUUAGAUAUGUUGAGAGUCUUAACAGAAAGUGGAAUAGAAUUCCAAAUAGACACACCAAUUCUAGUAAAAGAUUUUUUCAUUUUUUCAGUUCUAGAGAAUUUGACAGAGAACCAUUCUUUUGAACUAUACUGGCCUAAAGAAAAGGUAUUUUCGACAGAGAAAUAAUAUAACAAACCCGGAAUUCUUUACGAUAACUGCAAAAUAACUUUCAAUUGUGUGGGGGCUGUUAACAGGUCGCCCCAUUUAAGAGAAUCUGGAAUCCGGGAAACGUUUUCUUGUGAAAUGUAAAAUUCGGAAAAAUUCUGUUCAUAGGAUCCAAAAUCUUGGCUUGAAUUCGGAAUAUAGCUCAAGCAAUCUGGAAUCCCACUAACUAUUGGAAUCCAGAAUCCAAGUUGCACUGACAACAACUAGAAUCCAAUACCUUACAUCCGUAAUCCAUGGCGUGGAUUCCAGAAUCCACUGUUUUGGAUUCGCUCAAAUGAGGCAAGACAGGGCAUAUUUGGAUAGAUAAGUAGAACAUUUCGGAGUUGCCUCAAUCCUCUGUUUCAAAGCGAGGCUAGGUGCGAAGUUACUGAAAUGGAAAUGAAUUUUUUUGUUGUUGUUAUGUCCCCAACUAGUUGUGAAAACUAAAUACACUGACACAUUAAUAAAGCUGUUACUAAAAGCUGUUACUAUUCUCAUGCAAAUAAAACUCAUGGCGCUUACCAUCGUUUUGAAAGGAGAGUUUUGAACUCGGAAAUAGCCUAUUGACAUACCUACUUCAACGUGCAUAAGUGUCCUUUUGGUUAUCUACAAAUUGCAAACAAUCAUUGUCAUCUUUGGAAAGGCGUUCACUAAAAAGCUUUAGGGCAUACCGUAUAAGAGGAAACACGUCGUAUGCUCAAUAUACUGAAUAUUACCUCGACACAACACCAAUUAUUGACUGAGCUUAUCUCAGGUACACCCAACGACGAUUUCCUCCUAAAUACGUCGAAAACACUUUUUAGACUACACAGACUACUUUUAGAUUUCUAGAAAUACAUUCUAAGCUGCGCUAUAAAAUUUGUCACCUAUCUUUUCGGUCAUCCUAGGGGAACUUGUGUCUUUUCGAACUUACUAGGGCUGCAGAAUUAUUUUCCCAAAAAGUUUAGAUGCAAUUUAUCGUUUUACGAAUGUAAGAAUUUUUCUAAUUCCUAUCUCAAUCACAUUUUUGAAUCCGAAGAUUUUAGGUCUCCUUUUUUUUUUUAUGAAAAAUAGCAUUAUUUGGGGAGUGAAAUGUGGAAAACUAAGCUUCAGAAAAUCGUAGGUAAUUUACCAGAUAAGUUUCGAAAAUUUUACAUAAAUGGAACAGUUUUCUAGAAAUUCGUAGCCGUCCUGAGACGUCGUGAAGGAAUAGAAACUUCUAGCCAAUAUUUGCUUCUCCGAACAGAUAUUUUACAGAAAACAGUGGUUGGCCAUGUGGGUGCCCCCGUUAUCUGGCCUUAAUUUCUAAAGAUCAACGGGAAUUCUACUUCCAUAUCGCAAUAUCUCUGUUUGGUCUAAACAACAGGUCAAAAGGAUUUUUGAAGGAAUACAAGAAGGCCAUUUUAUGCUAAGUGCAUCAUAUCUUCUCAACUGUACGAGAGCUGAUUCCUUUUUAUUUAGGCAGGGACACAGGGGCGGAUCCAGGAUUUUUUUAGGAGGGGGUGCACUCGUCUCUUGCUCUACUUCAACACCAAUAAACCACAUGGUUUUUUUUCGCAAAAUACCAGUUAUAGUCAAAAACCGCAGGUCAUCUCAGGGGGGUGCGCACCCCCUGCACCCUCCCCCUAGAUCCGCCCUUGGGACAUAUUUGAAUAUAAAAAAUUGGCAACAGAAAAAGGAAACUAAGAUAUGCCUACUUCGACGUACAUUACCCUGGUAAUAAUCUACACUCUGGAAGCCGUCCUUAUCGUCUUCGGAAACGCAUUCACGAUCUUUGUUUUCUGGACCGAGAGAUCCCGCCUAAAACGAACUUAUUUUCUUUUGAUUAA